UGAGGACUGGACAUGGGCCCAUCGGGGUCCCGGCCAUGAUGUCAGCCCAGGAGCUCGUGGCCUGCCUCUGCCAGGAGGGGGAGCAGCACCUGGCACUGGGGGAGCCGCCCCUGGCCACCGCCUUCUACCUGGCUGCAUUCAGCUGCCACGCCCCCUCAGCUCUGCAGAGCGUGCGGACUGCCCUGACCCAGGCUGGGGGGGCGGCGGUGGUGGCCACCCUGGAGUCCUGGUGCCGUGGGGACAGCCAGAUCCCCGCCAUCCACUGGGACGGCAUGGCAGUGGUCUCCCUGACAGGGUCACUGGCCUCUGCCUUCCUCGGCGCCCUCUGCCCAGACCACCCCUCUGCUGUCCUGCACCUGCUGGCACGUCUGCUGGCCCGCGGGUGCCACGAGGAAGUGGCACAGCGCUGCAGCGCCCUGCUGGACUCUCACACGCAGCAAAUCCUGGAGCUGCAGCUGACCCGCGCCCUGGCCUGGGUCCUGUCCGGGGUGCAGGCAGCGGAUGGUGUGGCCGCCUAUCUCCAGGCCUUUGCCUCCAGUGCCGACCGGACAGUAGCUUUCAUUCGCACCCACCAGCAGCCCUACCUCCCUCUGCUGCUCAGUGCUCUUCAGGACUACCUCUCAGGGCACCCAGAGGUUGAGCACAGUGCCGGCCAGUGGGACACCGGUGGCCAGCGACUCCUGGCUGCUCUAGACCCCAAGGGCACCCGGAGUGACACCCUGUCACCUGAAGCUCUGCUCCACAGCGGCAGGUAUGAGGACUGCCUGGCAGCAUGCAGCCGGGCCCUCGAAGCCCAUCCCACCGGCAGCGGACCCCAAGGUGAGCGCCGGGCCUCCCUGCUGGUCACCCGCGCGGCCUCGGCCUUCUUCCUGGACGGCCGGGCCCAGGACGUGUUUGGGGACCUGCAGGAGGCCUUCCGCGAGAGCCCCUCUGGGGCCCGGAGGCAGUUCCAGGCCGUGUUCUCCGCCCGGGACCAGGAGCGUGUCCGGGCUCAGGCGCAGGAGGUCGCGGACGUGGGCUUCGCCCGCUUCCAGGAAGCCGUGCGGAACCAUCCUGAGUUCCGCGAGAACGCGGGCCGCGAGCUGCUGGCCCCCGUGACCUGCGCGCUCCGCGUCCUGCUUCGUCUGGCACCUACAGGGGCGCGACCCGCCCUGGGAGCCCGCCUCGCCGAGUGCCUGCUGCUGGCGGGGGACGCGACGCGCGCCCGAGCAAUGUGCGAGCGCCUGCUGCGGCCCGCGCGCCCUGGGGACCCUGCCGGGGACCGUGCGGGGGACCGAGCGGGGGACCGCGCGCCCCUCCUGGCUCUGCGCGGCUUCUGCGCGCUGCACGCCGGGGACUCGCGGCGCGCCCUGGAGGACUUCCAGGCGGUGGUGGAGCAGGGGGCGCCGCACCCGGGGGGCUGUGUGCGCGCGCUGUGCGGCCGGGGGCUGCUGCGGGUGCUGGCGGGCAGCGCAUUCCUGGGCACGCUGGACUAUGUCACCGCCUGCAGGCUGCGGCCCGAGGAGGCGCUGCUGGCCGCCAAGGCCUACGUGCCCUGGAACCAGCGGGGGCUGCUGCUGGCGGUGCUGCGGGAGGAGGCCCGUGGGAUGCUGCAGCGAUCGCCACGCGCAGGGCCGUCGAGAGCGCAGGGCCGGAGGGAGGCCGCGGAGACCGGCGGCCCCACCACGCAGGAGGGGGACGCCCGCGGUGUGCACCAGCUGGCCACACUGCUGAUGGAGCUGGAUUCGGAGGACGAGGCCUCUUGCCUCCUGGCCGCUGACGCCCUGUACCGCCUGGGCCGCCUGGAGGAGACACACAAGGCCCUGCUGAUGGCCCUCUCCCGGAGGCCCCAGGCAGCCCCUGUGCUGGCACGGCUGGCCCUGUUGCAGCUGAGGAGGGGCUUUUUCUAUGAUGCCAACCAGUUGGUGAAGAAGCUGGUCCAGUCCGGUGACACCGCCUGCCUCCAGCCCACCCUGGACAUCUUCUGCCACGAGGACCGGCAGCUGCUUCAAGGCCACUGCCACGCCAGGGCCCUGGCCAUCCUGCGGGCACGGCCAGGCGGGGCCGACAGCAGGGCCCACACCAAGGAGGCCAUCGCCUACCUCUCUCUGGCCAUCUUUGCUGCAGGAAGCCAGGCAAUUGAAUCUCUCCUUGCCCGAGCCCGCUGCUAUGGGUUCCUGGGCCAGAAGAAGACGGCCAUGUUCGACUUCAACGCAGUGCUGCGGGCUGAGCCGGAGAACGUGCAGGCACUGUGUGGACGGGCAUUGGUGCACCUGGCCCUAGACCAGCUGCAGGAAGCCGCAGACGACAUCCUCUCUGCUCUGAAGCUGGGCCCCGGGACCGUGGUCCCUGAGCUCCGCUCUCUGAAGCCGGAAGCCCAGGCUCUCAUCACACAGGGCCUCUACGCCCGCUGCCGGGCCCUUCUGAGCCAGCUGCUGGACACUGGGGCCCCUCUCGAGGACAAGGACACCCAGGGCCUCCUUGCUGUGGGGGAGGCGCUGAUCAAAAUCGAUGCAGGGCAACUGGACUGGCACCUCCUCCUGGUGGACAUUCUCAUGGCACGGGGCAGCUACGAGGAGGCUGGCACCCACCUGGAAGAAGCCCUGCACGCUGCCCCAACGUCAGAGGCAGCCCGGGCCCGGCUGGGCCUGCUCCGGCUCAAGAAGGGAGACGUGCCAGCGGCUGCACGGGACCUGCAGGGCCUGGCCGAGGUGGAUGCCCCGGAUCUCAGCUGCCUGCUGCAUCUCCUGGAGGCCUCAGAGCGGCAGAGCCUUGCCCAGGCUGCAGCCUGGGAAGCCAGCACCCUACUGGAUGCAGGGCAACCCAGGCAGGCGCUGGGCUACUGCUCACUGUCUGUCCUGGCCGGUGGCAGCAGUGCCUGUCACCUGCGUCUACGGGCCACCUGCCUGGCUGAGCUGCAGGAGUUUGGCCGGGCCCUCAGGGACCUGGACCGUGUGCUCCAGGAGACUCUGAGGGACAGUGACCUCCCAAGGCGGGCAGAGGACUUCUGCUGUCAGGGUCGCCUGCUGCUGAGCCUGGGAGAUGAGGCAGCAGCCGCAGGGGCCUUUAUCCAGGCCCUGAAGCUAGCGCCCACGUUGGCCCAGAAUAGCCUGCGUAAGCAGCCAGGCCGGGCCCCCAUUGCACGAAUGUUCCUUCUUCGUGGGCAGUGCUGCCUGGAAGAGCAGCGUCACACGGAGGCCUGGACGGCGGCCGAGAGUGGCCUCCUGGUGGACCCUGACCACCGUGGCCUGAAGAGACUGAAGGCCAGAAUCCGGAGGGAGGCAUCCUCAGGCUGCUGGCUCCAGUGACUGGGCCCAACCCCCUCCCAGCCCUAAUCAUGGGCCCACCCUAGCACCUGCACCCAAUGUCCAGGCCCAGGAGUGCACCCAGCUCCCCAAAUCGGGGAGGUACCUGCCUUGCCCUCCCCACACGCCCUUCCCAGUCCUCCCCAUAUCCCCCUUCCCAACCCUCCCCCCCCCCCCCCUCCCCGCCCCCCCCCGCCCCCCCUUCCCAGCCCUCCCCACACCCCGCUUUCCCUACCCCAGCAUGAGUCGUGUUGCACAGCCAGCCUCACACCUUUUGCCUUGGGAAGGAAAGGGGACAGCUUCCUACUUACAUGAAGGGACCAUCCUAGAAGCUUCACAGUCCCUUCUACCACCAGCAGCCUCAUCCCGGAAGUUGGGGCCCUCUUGGCCCACACCUGGGGCUCAGACCUUGAAGAAGCAGCCGCAGGUCUUGUCCCUGGUCUGGGAUCCUACAGGUUGGACAGGAUUGAGGCCAGACCCCUGGGGCCUUUGGGGAGACGGUACCAGCCCCAGAAGCCCCUCCUUGGCUGUCAAGCUGCAUUUUGCUUGGACCCUGGCCUGAGCCUGGGGCCAGCUUCCAGUAGAGCCUGGACCCUCCCCAGAGACAGAGCUCCCAAAUGGGCCCAGCCAGCCCACACCCCAAGCUGACCUUUCAGGGUGCUUUUCAUGGGGGUCUUUCAUCGAGAACCCAGGAGGGGGUAAACUCCCUCCCUCCUCCCAGGCCCCUCCCUUCCAAGCAGAGGGACCACCGAGGGGCCCUGAUGAGCACAGUCCUCAGGCUCCCACCAGACUCGUCUCCCAAAGCUGCUGGAAGGUAUCGGUGCUUCCACAGAGCGAGAGAACAGCUGGUUCCUAUACGUGGGUUAAACGUCCCCAGGCCUUGCAGCUGCCAGUGAGCUCGGGGACUUCUGGGUGGGGCAGAGGCGGCCAGCCUUUGCCCAUCACUGUGAGUGUCACAGACUGAGGCCUCAGCCCAGGGCUUUCUCUCGUGGCCAUGGGUGAGAGACAUGCUGGGCGGUCUGGCUUGGUGCAAAGCGUGCCCCCGAACCCUGCCUGACUUCACCCUGGGGAGACAAGGCCACCACCCCUGUCCUGGCUUCUCUCUCCUCCUGGGCACUUGGAUUUGUCCCUUUUCUGUCCCCUUCUCUGCCGCUUCCUUCCAUGGUCUUGCACCCACAGACGGACCCCCUGCCACUCCACCCACUUGGCUUCUGGGAUCAUCUGACGAACCCUGGUCCAGGGGCUCAGGCAGGGAGGGGCCCUAUUCCUCGCCCUGCAUGGAAGCAGGGCCCCCAGGCAGCAGGUGCAGGGCUGGGUGGGGUUGGAAGCUCCCCUCCUCCUCAGGCGCCACCCACUCCUCAACCCCCAUGCACCUUCAUCAGCUGGCACCGCCUAUGGGUCUCUGGACACAGGGGGCUGGGUAAAGGGUCAGUGCCUCCCACCUAGGGGAUGGGCAGCCCACAGUGGAAGAGGGCCCCGACGGGGACCUUCAGCCCCGCUCCUCGCCUUCCCCACUCGGAAUCUUCACACAGUCCCCCUCUUCCGAGGUUCCCCAGUGCAGGCACCAGGUCAGUCCGUCUUCUGCCUACCAGCUCCCCAUCCGCCCUCUGUCUCUGUCUUCACCUGUGUGCUCAAGGACUCAACAAACACCUGUCAACAGCCCAAGAGCUAAGUUCAGGGACACGCGAGUUUCUUGGGUCAGGUGGGCGAGUCGGCACAGGGCCAGAGGCAAGGGCUGGUGCAGAGAGCCUGGUCACAGCAGAAGGGCCUGCCCCAGUGUCGGGGCCGGGUGGAAGCAGUGGGGAGGCGUCCCCCAGGGGUGCCCUCCACUACCACGUUCCCUGCUCCUACCGUCCCCCUUGCCUGGAAUGUCCUGCCCCGUCCGUCCGUGCAAGGCUGAGUGUAGAUACCAGCCCCACUGAGGCUCCUCCAGGGCCUCGGGACCACCAUGUGUCUCCCCUACCAGGGGGCUGCCCCCUCCGCCACCAGCUCACCCAGCAGGUAUCUCUCAUCAGCCUUUGCCUGGCCUGCCUCCUUGCUGGGCUCUGAAUGUCUGUGUCCCUCCCAACUUUAUGUGUUGCAAUCCUAACCCCCAAGGUGAUGGUGUCAGAAGUGGGGCCUUUGGGAGGUGAUAGGGGUGGAACCUCAUGAGUGGGAUUAGUGUCCUUAUAAAAGAGACCCCAGAGUUCUUCCGAGCCCCUCCACCAUGUGGAGACCCAGCGAGAAGCUGUCUGUGAACCAGGAAGGGACCUUCACCAGAAUGAGCUGGCGCCUUCAUCUUGGGCUUCCAGCCUCCAGAACUGUGAGAAAUAAGUGUCUAUUGAUGAACCACCUGUCUCUGCUAUUCUGUUGGGGCAGUCCAGACAGAUGAAGACAUGCCCAUUUCCCCGGCCCACCACCUCUGCCCUGAGCACAGUGGGUGAGUCUCAGUUCCCCUUAGCCCAUCCCUGCUGGGGUCCAGCCCUGGCUUUGCCUAAGGGAGUUGCUCCAGGACUGAGCAGACACCCACAACAAGCAGUCCUUAAGGCAUGGAUGCACUCAUCCCCAAAGCUUGGAUGUCCCGCCUGGAGGGGCAUGUCCACAGCUGCUCUGGGCCCUGACGUUCCAGGAGCUCAUGCUGUCUGCAGAUCCACUGCUUCCCUGGGCAGCCCCCAGCCUGCCUCUUCCUCGGUGCUCAGCUGGAGGUGGAGAGAAAUCAGGCUGGGACGGAGGGUGGCCCUUGCUUUGCACGAUUCCUGCCUCAACGUUACACUGGGGACGUUCCAGCAUCUCCCUUUCAUUAACUGUAGACUGCCAGCAAAUCCAGAUUUAAUUCAACCAAGUAAACUGGUAGAGUCAUUUCUGGCAGCUAAUGUGAGCUAGCUCAUUAAAUUCAGAAUCUCUAGUAAGUGUACCUGCAUCAAUAAAGCCAAGCCGCUUCAGCUGCGUUAGUACCCUACCCUCCAUUCCCACACAGUUCCCAGGUCUCUGCGUGUGAAUUUGUGACAUAUUACAAGCAUUUUGGUGUGAAAGUGGUUCCCUCUUGAGUCAGACUUUGUACUUGACCCUUCCCCUCCCUGGGAGCACACUGAGGUUCUAGACGCAACAGGGUGGCUGUGGCGGUUAAAUGGAAUGAACAUCGUUUCUAGGCACCUGGCCAAGUAAGCUUAUCACAGGGUUUUCAAGCAGAACGAAAAAAAUACAUAAAGGCUACUCUCAGACCCUGGAGGACAAGCUGCUUCCCCUUGGAGGAGAGGCUCAGAGAACCAGGGGGUUCACAAUUCUCAGCUUUGUCUGAGCCCAACCAGCCAUCCCCAUUCCAAGCUUCAGCAUCCAGUUCCUUCCCACUCGGUGCCCAAGUUCCAGUGGUGAGGCUGUGAAUGCGAGCCACACAGCAAUCAUACAACUCAGAGUUAAAUUGUGCAUCUGAUUUUAGCAGCAUCUGAGUUUUAGCAGCAGCAGCCCCAAGGCUUUAAGGAACAAGGGACUCUUUUCCAUAGCCGUGGCAGUCCUGAUUCUCUGGCUAUGACUUAAACUGAGUUUAGAGACCUGAGCAUGUGGUUCCUUCCUGUUAGUGCUGCUGGACACUCAGGGGACCCCCACAGCCCUCGUGGUUGUGGUCAUCCUCGUGGCCGUGACAGCCUCAUGCAGCAGCACCUGGGCUCCCGAGGCCCUCAGUUCUGCUGGUGCCUCAUGGCCAGCAUGGGGGAUGGCCUGGUUAACUGUGAAGCCCCUCUACACAGCCUCCCCUUCCCACUGGCCAGGAGAUCGGGCCUGCAGCCCAGCCCAAGCAACAACCACACUCACCUAACCCCCAGAUCCCACCUUUUGAUAGUGACAGGAGGCAGACAAAUCCUAGGCAGACAGGGACAGGUUCCCGGUGAAACGCCACCUCCAAACCAAAGACAGUUUAAAGCCUGAAAGCCAAGCUACAAAUUAAAUCCUCAGUCCAGGUUGAGAACCUGUCUUCCCAUUUGGCUGCUUUCCUCUGACUGAUCCCCACCCUUCACCUGUUUUAUAUGUACCUACCUUUUCCUAAUUGGUUUUCUACACUGGCGUGCCCACCUUUGAGUGGUGCCUUUGUUUAAGCAUUCUUUUGCAUAAUCACAAGCCAAUCAGCAUACACUCCCCCAUUCUGAGCCCAUAAAAGCCCCAGACCCAGCCACACUAGGAGAGAAACCACCUGACUUCAGGUCGAGAACCACCCCUGCAUUCCCUGUCUGCUGAGAGCUGUUCUGUCUCUCAAUAAAAUUCUUCUCUGCCCUUCUCACACUUCGAUUGGCAGCAUCUCCUCAUUCUUCUUGGACACGGGACAAGAACUUGCGAACUGCCAUACAUGGGUACAAGCUAUAAUACAAGCGGGCUGGGACAUGCCCAGCCCAGCCACAGGCUGAGCUGGUGCACAAGCCAGGUGUGGCCCAGGCAAGCCAAGUGGACGGGCCACCUCCUGCAGCAGGUAACAUGGCCAAGCAAGGCCUGGGUGGGGAUGUCACCAGCCAGAGAUAUCUGGCUGGCAAAGUGACCAAAGAGGUACCUGGCUGCGUCACUUUGAGGGCCUGUCUCUGGGGACCCCCUCCUCUUAUGAAUUUAUGUAUCAGUUGGAGUCUACUUGGGAGAUGGAAACCACAACAGUGAUUCUAACAGCAUGAAUUCAAUGUGCAGAAUUGUUCAUUAGUGCUGGGUAAAAACAGCUCUAGGGGAUCAUGGAAGUUGCAACCACAAAAUUCAGACAAGUGACCUGGCCAGUGACCCUGGUGACAAUGGUCACCUGCCACACAGCCUCUCAGCUCAGGCGGCCACACUCCUGUGCCCCUGCCCUGUUCCUCUCCCGGGUGAAUCUUGACCACGCCUGUGCUAUUCUCUCUUGUUCAACUCUGCGACAAAUCUUUAAAAAAAAAAAAAAACCCUUUUUAGGAGAGUGAAAGUAAAAUAAAUCUUGGGGCCUGAAAAUCACUAAGCUAAAGGGAAAAGUCAAGCUGGGAACUGCUUAGCGCAAGCCUGCCUCCCAUUCCAUUCAGGUCAUUCCCUUGCUCCCUGAGACAGAUGCAUAUCUGAUUGCCUUCUUUGGAAAGGCUCAUCCAAAACUCGAGAGUGUAACUCCAUGUUACAUAUGUUGAUUGAUGUCUCAUGUCUCCCUAAAAUGUAUGAAACCAAGCUGUGCUCUGACCACCUUGGGCACAUGUCGUCAGCACCUCCUGAGGCUGUGGCACAGGCGUGCAUCCUUAAUUUUGGCAAAAUAAACUUCCCAAAUGGACUGAGA